UAAGCCAAAGAGCAUAACCAAAAACUGGUUAUCUCUUGAUUAAUUAUGCAUUUUAAUUAAUUUACAUGUGAAUAAUUUAUUUUAAGAUGUUCAUCAACAAUUUUCAACUAGCUGUUUAAAUUAGUGUUAAUCUAAAUUAAUUAAAAUAACUUGAUGUUUUGUUUGGUUUACAAUUUUCUCGAUCAAACACUUGCAGUAAAACGAUUCUCUCAGAACGUUUGUAUCCCAUGUUUUUGGGUAACAUUUUGUUGACCAUCUUGUUAAUUGGUUAAAUUGUCGUUAAUUCAGUGAAACAUCUUGACUUGAGGAAAGGAUUUUCCUUGGAAUGAUAUGAUACAUGGUAUGACAUCAGCGAAACAUUAUUUCAUUUCAAUGGAAUAAUAAUAAUGUCCAUCAAAAAAGACGCAAAUCAAUGGACUGAAAAUACAAUCUAAAGUUGGUAAAUUGUUAAUUGUUGCAAUGUUUUUUUUGUUAUCGUUAAAGAAAUGAAUACCAAAGUUGUGGAAAAGAAAGAUGAAUGUCCAGAUAUCCUUGUGGAACUGGUUCUUUUGGUUAUCAUCCUAAAAAUCAUUUAUCGGUACCUAAGAAUAGCUCACUAUUUACCUCUCACCAUCAUCAUCCGUAGUCUUAUUAACAUGGCAUAAUUAACGUAAUCAUCAUCAAAUGUCCAUCCUCUUUGGGUUGAUCGUAAAUUUUCCCGGCUUUUUUGGUCUUUCACUUCAUCAUCGUUGUUUGUCUGCCGAGUAACUCUUCUAUCAUGAAAAGUUUAUCCAGAAUUUAACUUAUAUAAAAAGUUGAUUCGACCAUGUUCAUCAUGCACUGUUUAUUGACCAUUUCAAUCCUGGUUUUACCCACAAUUCACGGAUUAAGAUUCCAAUCGGACGAUAGGCCUGGACAUCGAUUUGAAGGCGAUGACAAUUCAGUUGGAUUGGCUUCUUGUUCAACAGCUCAAAAUGGAUCAGGAGUUUGUGUUCACAUCUAUGAGUGUCCCAACUAUAAAGAUUUAAUACUUGUUCGGUCAAAGCCCAAGAUAUGCCACUGGUCGGGUCGUGUUCCAGUCAUUUGCUGUCCAGUUGUUGAUCCACCAAAAAAGCCUAAACCUGAACCCGAGACUCCAGUGGAAGUGCAUCGUCGUCAGCGUAACUCGAGUGACUGUGGUACUAGGUUGAGCAAUACAAGGGAUGUAUCUCGAAUUGUUGGCGGUGAUGUUGCCUAUGAAGGUGAAUUUCCUUGGAAUGUGGCCAUUUUCAUCCGUGAAUUGGAUGGUGAUGUUGUCCAUGAAUGUGGUGGCUCAAUAAUAUCUGAUCUAUAUAUUUUAACGGCUGCCCAUUGUUUUGAAAAUUUACGUCCUUCCAAUUAUCUUAUUGGUGUUGGUUCCAAUGAUUUAUCUGCUACAGUUAAACAUGAAGUUGAGGAAAUUAAAGUUCAUCCCAAUUAUGAUAAUCACCAGUUUUACAAUGACAUUGCCUUGGUUCGGUUAAAGAAAAAAUUAACCUUUAAUGAAGCUGUUCGACCCAUUUGUUUACCAUUUGAUUAUUUAUCCAGUCAAUCAACAUCCAUCAAAUCACCUUAUAAUGAAACAGUUACCAUCUCUGGUUGGGGAUUUACUGAGUAUAAUGGACAGCGAAGCCGUAUUUUGUUGAAAGCUGAUUUAAAUUUAAUGCCAAGGGAAAUGUGCAAUCAAACCUAUUCUCGGCUUGAGUCGAGAAGGAUUUCACGAGGAAUAACGGAUGAUUUUAUUUGCGCAGGAACUCCUGAUGGGAAAAAGGAUGCCUGUCAAAGUGACUCUGGUGGUCCUUUAAUUGCCAAAUUAGAGACCAAUGAUCAAGUUGAACCAGGAUGGGAAUCUAAAUUUGUUCAAAUUGGUAUUGUUUCCUUUGGUUAUAAAUGUGGGGUUCGUGGUUAUCCCGGUGUUUACGUUAAUGUGUACAAAUAUUUGAGUUGGAUUGUUGACAGCAUUAAAGAACCAUCAAUGCCAGCAGUUGACCUUAAAUUGAACUUGGACAAUUUUAACAAAUGAUAAACUCCUGUUGAUUAUGACGAUGAUUGUUUGAUUGUAGACAAAAUGGAGGAAAGAAAAAGGAAACCGGAAUAAGUAUAGAGACUUAAAAAAGAAGUUAAAAUGCACGAAUUAUCCUUUUCAAUAGCUUUAUAUUGAUGAAACCAGGAGAUACAAAUUGAUUGAAGUGAAACCAUGUUUCCACGUCUCUCGUGGCAAAUUACAUUACUCACCCGGAGGCAAAUAAUAUUGGUCAUCUUUUAUUUUGUGUCUUGAAUCUUCAUCUUUUUUCUCAUUUAAUGAUGUUGGCCAGCUUUUAAUCCACUCGUUUUUGACGGUUGAUGGUGCUAUUAUCUCUCCAUUUUUUCAAUCAUUGAAAUGUAUUCCACUUUCUCAUCUACUGCCAGAAUAUUUUCAAUUUUUCCUGAGAAUACUUGAUUGCUACAAAUUAUAUACGGAACAAGAGAAGCAAGGAAAAGCGGAAUCAUUUUCACUCAUUUCAAAAGCAAAAAAGACUUUGAUUGAUCAACUUUAACUCUUGAUUAUUCCAGUCUGAUCUCGUUUUUUAUAUACACAUUUAUUCUUAUGUCUUAUUAACCAAUGUGAUCGCCAUCCUUGGAUCUCAUCUUGGACUUUCUCAAGAUCAUCAACUAUUUUUUUUGUGCUAACUUUCAAAGAAGAUGAUAAUAGCCUUGGGGUUAAAACCAAAUCUACAAGUUUACAUAACUUACUUGGAAAACAAUUUCUUUGCACUGAUUUUGUUUUACUUUUCUCUUCAUCAUUGAAUUGACUCUCAUGAUAUUUUCAUCGUCAUCAUCAUCGUCAUUAUCAUCAUCUUUUUCAAGACGCUGGAUUUCCAUCAGAUAACAACUCUCUCUCAUUGACGAAAGUAAAUCAGAAUUAUCAUCACGAAACUUUUUUUUCUGUGAGACUUUAUCACCCUCAGGCAAAGACAAAAUGAUUUUCAAGUAACCAACGAAUUAUCGCAGAGUUUUCUCUCACAUUUUCCCCAUUUUUAUCUCAAUUAUCAUCACCAUUCUUUGUCUUUUUUGUUUACAGCCUGACAUCUACUUUUCCAUGUUUGUGUUGCUUAAUGAAAGGACAACAAUAAAACAAGAUGGUAAUCAUUUAUCAAAAGCUGGACGUAAACAUUAGUCUGUAAAUAAAACACACUUUUCAAAUAAACACUUAUUUACGUUAUU